CGCGGGGCGGGCCGGACAAUGAGAGUGUCCGCCGCAUGAGCCAAUAAAGCUGUGCUGGUUUUGAAUCGCGGCGCGUUUCCCGCCGCCGGGGUCAGGGGUCGGGGUUCGGGUCGCGGGGCGGAGGGAAGAGCGGGCGGGCAGGAGGCGCCGGCGCCAGACGCGGAGGGAAGGAGCUGCGAGUAGCCGCUGAGAGGCCGCGGAGCCAGCGACGACCGAGCCAGCCGAGCCGCCGCCGCCGCCGCGCCCCCAUGGCGGCCACCAAGGACACGCAUGAGGACCACGAUACCUCCACUGAGAACGCAGAUGAGUCCAACCAUGACCCCCAGUUUGAGCCAAUAGUUUCUCUUCCUGAGCAAGAAAUUAAAACCCUGGAGGAAGAUGAAGAGGAGCUUUUUAAAAUGCGGGCAAAGCUGUUCCGAUUUGCAUCAGAGAAUGAUCUUCCAGAGUGGAAGGAACGAGGCACUGGUGAUGUCAAGCUCCUGAAGCACAAGGAGAAAGGGACCAUCCGCCUCCUCAUGAGAAGGGACAAGACUCUGAAGAUCUGCGCUAACCACUACAUCACACCGAUGAUGGAGCUGAAGCCCAACGCAGGCAGCGACCGUGCCUGGGUCUGGAACACCCACGCUGACUUUGCUGACGAGUGCCCCAAGCCGGAGCUGCUGGCCAUCCGCUUCCUAAAUGCUGAGAAUGCACAGAAAUUCAAAACAAAGUUUGAAGAAUGCAGGAAAGAGAUUGAAGAGAGAGAAAAGAAAGCAGGAUCGGGCAAAAACGAUAAUGCUGAAAAAGUGGCUGAAAAGCUAGAAGCUCUUUCGGUGAAGGAGGAGACCAAGGAGGAAGCUGAGGAGAAGCAAUAAAUCGUCUUAUUUUAUUUCCUUUUCCUUUCUUUUUUUUUCUUUUUUAAAAUUUUGCCCUGCCCUUCCUUUUUGGUUUUAUUCUGUUUUGUUUUUACAAGGGACUUUAUAUAAAGAACUGUAUUCCAACAUUCAGGUUGGUUUUGUUUUCUAAGUUUUUGCCCUAUUGAAGACGACUUCAGAAAAUCCAUUCCCCAGUCAUGAAAAUGUACUGUGCUAACUUUCUUUUCCAUAGUGGAAACACUUAUUUAUAGUCAUCAAAAAUAGUGAAUAAAGACCACAUUUGGAACCUGGA